AUGGCAGCCCAGCAGAAACAGACGCUCCUGUGGAUCAUCCUGGAGAGCGGCGGUGGCGGGCGGGUGGACAGUGAAGGCUGGCCGGCGUACGGAAGGCCGCUCAGCCCGGCGCUGCCCGUGACUCAAUGCGUAUCAGCUCUGAGCUGCGGGCCCCAUUACGAGUUCGCCAUCGAAGAGUUCUGUUUAGAGAAAUUCCGACUGGACAUGCAAGAGCUGGACCAGGGACACUGGUGCAGCUGGGAGGACACUGUCGAAUUGUAUGGCGAGCUGACCAACUGCACAUAUCUGGUGGCGCUCAAGAUGGACUGCUUCUGGCCCAACCUGCUAGUGGACGACUUUUUCAUCCGCGUGCACAAGACCUACUUCCACAAUUGCUCGCUGUCGGGGCGGUUGCUCAGGGACCCCCCUAACCGCAUCCUGGGCCCCUUCAUCAUCAUGCCCAUCCUUGUGACGCUGUUCAUGACCGCAUUGGUGGUGUGGCGAAGUAAGCGAAGUGAGGGCAUUGUCUAG